UCUUCCCCACAGAUUCAGCUAACCAGUGUCUCCAACUGCUUUGAAGUUAGAUAGCGCAAAGCUCGUAUAUAAUCUUCAACCACUUCUGACCAGCUAUGCGCUUUCGAUUUAACUUGUAGUUAAAAUAUUUUCCCGCUAAACUACAAUUGAGCUUGCUUCGCUACUCAAAUAGUGUAGUUUUGGAGAGUCUGUGGAGUCCGGAGGAGCACCCCUCCGUUUCAGUUGGUACAGGCCGGUGUCAAGCCGCGUCGUGCAGCAGCACGUGCUCGGACCGAGCGAUUUUGAGACAGCGUGGGGGCGCGACCGCAGGAGAGAAAUCCGACAGAGGGCUCAGCCAGACUUUUACUGCGGGCAUGGAGUUUGAAGAGUCCGGUAUCGGAGAGGAGUGCGGCGUUUUCGGCUGUGUGGCAGCAGGAGAGUGGCCAACACAGCUGGAAGUGGCGCAGAUCCUGACGCUGGGUCUGGUAGCUUUACAACAUAGGGGUCAAGAAAGUGCUGGAAUUGUUACCAGUAAUGGGUCCACUCCUCCCACAUACACCACCUUAAAGGGCAUGGGGCUGGUGAGCACAGCUUUUAAACCAGAGGACUUACUGAAGCUGAAAUAUGGUAACCUGGGUAUCGGUCAUACACGGUACUCCACCACAGGGAUCUCAGAGCUGCAGAACUGUCAGCCGUUUGUGGUGGACACCCUGCAUGGCAAGAUUGCCGUGGCACACAAUGGAGAACUCGUUAACGCUGCUGCCUUGCGCAAGAAGGUUAUGAGACAUGGUGUCGGCCUUUCCACCAGUUCAGACAGCGAGCUCAUCACACAGCUCCUUGCUCUGACUCCGCCCAUGGAAGAGGUCGAUACUCCUGAUUGGGUAGCACGCAUCAAGAACUUGAUGACCGAGACACCCACAUCCUACUCCCUGCUGGUAAUGCACAAAGAUGUGAUCUACGCCGUGAGAGACCCAUAUGGCAACAGACCUCUCAGUAUCGGCCGUCUGGUGCCCAUCUCCAAAUUACACUCAGGCACUGGAGAGGGAGACACAGAAGGCUGGGUGGUCUCCUCAGAGUCCUGCAGCUUCCAGUCCAUCGGUGCCAGGUAUCAUCGGGAAGUACAGCCCGGAGAAAUCGUGCAGAUUUCCAAACAUGGCAUCAAGAGCCUGAGUGUAGUCCCACGUCCAGAGGGAGAUCCCCCUGCCUUCUGCAUAUUCGAAUAUGUUUAUUUUGCCAGGCCUGACUCCAUAUUUGAAGGCCAAAUGGUGUACACAGUCAGACAGCGCUGUGGACGCCAGCUGGCCAUCGAGGCUCCCACUGACGCAGAUGUGGUCAGCACAGUUCCUGAGUCUGCCACUCCAGCUGCUUUAGGAUAUGCUCAAGAGUCUGGCCUACCUUAUGUAGAAGUCCUGUGCAAAAACCGCUAUGUCGGUAGAACUUUCAUUCAACCAAAUACUCGUUUACGUCAGCUUGGAGUGGCUAAGAAGUUUGGAGCAUUGACAGACAACUUUGCUGGGAAACGAGUGGUGCUCAUUGACGAUUCUAUAGUGAGAGGCAACACCAUCUCACCUAUUAUUAAACUUCUUAAGGAGGCAGGCGCGACAGAGGUCCACAUUCGAGUGGCAUCUCCUCCUAUACGAUUUCCUUGCUACAUGGGCAUCAACAUCCCUACCAAAGAGGAGCUAAUCGCUAACAAACCAGAGUUUGAGGACAUUGCAGGCUACAUUGGGGCCACUAGUGUGCGUUACCUGUCUGUCGAGGGUCUGGUGGCUGCAGUCCAGGGUGGGAUUGAGUCAUGCGGGGAGAAGGAGCAGAUCAGCUCCAGGACCAAGAUGAGCAAGAGAAUUGGUCACUGCACAGCAUGUCUGACAGGCAAAUACCCCGUCGAGCUGGAGUGGUGAUGAAACAGCAUGGAACACAAUCUUUAACAUUCCCGUCCAGACUGUCUGACAAAUGGCAAUCAUCUCCACUAGAGUAGAUAUUUUAGAUCUACUGUACACUGUGAUGUGAGAUGGAGUAUAAGUUUCUACCUGUAUGUAAUUUACAAGCUCUGUUAAUCAGGGUUUCCACUCUCAAACAUCAAAGUUGAGGAGGUUCACGGUUCUGUUUUUUUUUUUUUUUUUAAAGGCUAGUUUCAGGUUGGCUUCUAGGGUUUGAGUUUGUGGGGACCCUGAAUGACUGCCCUGGUAAUGUGGUAACAGCCUAUUUGCAUAUCAAUGUCACAUUAUUUUCAGUCAAAACACACAUCUUGUGCAUUCCUGUGGAAAAUAAAUGUCCUAUUAAGCUUCAAAUAUGUGCUGAUCCUAUACCCACUUUGUCAUUUGUCACUUAAAGCAGUCGAACCUCUCAUGACGAAUGUGUUAUGCUCCAAAUUUCACACAUGAAGGCCUUUUUAUCUGAACAGUAGAGUGCAAGGCUCUUAGAUUCAGAAGACCAGCACAAAAAUGUCCCUGUAAUACAUUGAGUGUGUAUGUGUGUGAGAAAGAUGUUUGUGUUCGUGACUUAUUUCCCUCGUGUUGCAUUAUAAAGUUGUACAGAUCAUGCAGACUGUUGCAGCAUGGGCUGAUGAAACCUGGAGCAAUUCGGAGAACCACAUCCUCUAGGUUUUAGCUGAAUUUGUCAGAAAAGGCAAAGAAUCUGUGUAAAACAAGCAAAGUCAUUUAUUAAACAUCCAUGUAGGGAACAUA